CUGAAGAUUGAGCUUCACACAGACUAAAACUUCCUCCUGUGUCCAACAUCUGACAGCCUGUGGGAAACUGAUCCCUGAAUCUCCAGGCUGAGUUUGAAUGAUUCGAGUGGGACGGCAAGUGAGUGAGUCGUCCAGCAGAGAGAUGAUGAUGUUGUGAUUGAACAAGAACCGUUCAGGAUAUUAGAAGGGGAGGAUUUGCUGACAGAAAUCUCAAACCAAACAUCACAUCAAGAUCUGACAGACUCACUCGACUCAUCGGGACCUGAAAUGAUCAGCCUUUGAAUCUGGAAGGAGAAAUGUUUGUCUGUUAUGUCUGCUUUAAAAGGUUUUAAACAUCAGUGUGACUGGAAAAGCACCGAGACACACACACUCGAGUGAGAGACUGACUGUGGGAACAACUUUAACCAGUUACGCAGCUUGAGAAAAACAUCACCAUUCACAGUGGGGAGAGACUGUACACGUGUUCUGUGUGAGCACGAGGCUUCAACUGAUCGUAGAACCUGGAGAGACACAAGGACACGCAAACCAUGGAGAAACCGUGGAAAUGUGGAGACUGUGGGAAGAGAUUCAAAUACCCAUCUGCGUUGGAAAUUCAUUGGCGCAGUCACACCGGGGAGAGGCCAUUCACCUGCCCUGAGUGUGGGAAGGGGUUCACUCGGUCAUCUCAUCUGCAGACACACCAGCGAGUUCACACCAGGGAGAGGCCAUUCACCUGCCCUGAGUGUGGGCAGGGAUUCAGUAAGUUAUUCAGCCUGCAAACACACCAGCGAGUUCACACUGGGGAGAGACCGUUCACUUGCCCUGACUGUGGGAAGGGAUUCAGUCAGUUAUUCAGCCUGCAAUCACACCAGCGAGUUCACACUGGGGAGAGACCGUUCACCUGUUCUGAGUGUGGGAAGGGAUUCAGUAAUUCGUCCCACCUGCGGAGACACCAGCGAGUUCACACUGGGGAGAAACCGUUCACCUGCUCGGAGUGUGGGAAGGGAUUUAGUGAAUCAUCCCUCCUGCUGGUGCACAAGCGAGUUCACACCGGGGAGAGGCCGUUCACCUGCUCUGAGUGUGGGAAGGGAUUCACUCGGUCAUCCUACCUGCUGACACACCAGCGAGUUCACACUGGGGACUGGCUCGUCUGUUCUGAAUGCGGGAAGAGAUUCACUCGAUCAUGCGACCUGCUAGCACACCAGCGGGUUCACACUGGGGAGAGGCCGUUCAUCUGUUACGUGUGUGGUAAGGGAUUCCCUCAGCCAUCCACGCUGCAGACACACAAGCGAGUUCACACUGGGGAGAGGCCGUUCACCUGCCCUGAGUGUGGGAAGGGAUUCACUCGGUCAUCUGAUCUGCUGACACACCAGCGAGUUCACACCGGGGAGAAGCCAUUCACCUGCUCUGAGUGUGGGAAGGGAUUCACCCAGUCAUCCCAUCUGCUGACACACCAGCGAGUUCACACCGGGGAGAAGCCAUUCACCUGCUCUGAGUGUGGGAAGGGAUUCAGUGAUCAAUCCACCCAGCUGAGACACCAGCGAAUUCACACCAGGGAGAGGCCGUUUACCUGCUCUGAGUGUGGGAAGGGAUUUACCUGUUCAUCCGAGCUGCUGAGACACCAUGACAGUCACACCGAUUAGAGACCUUUUAGAUGCUCUGACUGUGGCUUUUGAUUGUGUGAAUUGAGGUUAAGUAUGUACGGAUGGACAUCAUGUAUUGGAUCAUUACUUGAGCACAUGUAAGGAGACACUUACUGACAUAGAGUGGAGUCAAGUCAGGAGGUAUAUACCUGUAAUGUUUCACUCGGUGAAUAAAUCUAUACCAAGUAAAGAUUAGCUCCAGUUUCUUCCUUCGCCAUCAGGCUGUCAACAUUAUAACGUGGUAACAGAUAAUGCUUGUCUAAUGGUGAAUGUUGGUAACUAGAGGAAAAUAAAAUAUUAAACAGAGCAGCUUUUGUGAGAAAUGGCUGAAAGCAAGUGGAAAUUGUCAGUGUCUGAUUACCCGCUGAUGUUCUCGGAGUCUGAGCCAUACGACCAAUGGAAGAAUGAAGUGGAUAUGUGGACUCGGGUUACGUCCCUACCAAGGAGGAAACAAGGUCUGGUCUUAGCGUUGUCACUUCCCAACAAAAGUAAAUUCAAAAAGCCAAGUAUUUAGUGAGCUUGAUGCCUGUCAGUUGGAUACUGAAGGAGGUUUGGAUCUUCUAUUUGGGUUCACUGAUGAGAUUUACAAGAAAGAUGAUCUAUUGGAUGCCUAUGAAGCAUAGAUGGACUCUGACAGGUUUCAAGUGAGGGUGAGAGUAUCUUUAGCAGAUCUGGAUAUCACAACAAAAGACAGGAUUGGAACAGCACUAAUAGGUGAAUGACCCCUGGAAUGACCAGGGAAUGAUUAACAGGUGUUUCAGGUCUGACUCAAAAUAUCAUUAUGUGAUGAACUGCCCAAAGUGGAAAAUGAGGGUCUUCGAAGUGACACAUGAUACAGAGAUUUCUGAGGCUGAAGGUGAUGAUGAUGAUCACUCUGAAGGAAUUGUACUAGUCACAAGGAGAUUUGAUCCAGUGAUGAUUGUGUUUGUCACAGACUCAUUCAACUGUGCUGUGUUAGACAGUAGCUGCACCUCGACAGUAUGUGGAUUAGAUUGGUGAAAAUGUUACCCAAAUUCACCUCAUAGUGAGGAUCAACACAAGGUUAAGGAGUAUGAAAGUUCUACUUGUUUGGGUUUCGUGAUGUCAACACAUUGAAGUCACUAAAAAGAGUGGGGAUUUUUGCAAAAUAGCUGGAGUCAGUCACUUUAUCAGGACUGGUGAGAUACCCUUACUGUUGAGUAAACCUUCCACAAAAAAGGCACAAAUGCAACUGGACUUGGAGCAAGAUAAGGCAAUUGUUUUUGGAAAGUCAGUGGAUCUGCAGUUUGCUCAGUCAGGACAUUAUCGUCUCCCCUUAACAAUACCUGAUGUUUCUAAUCAGAGUCUUUGAGAAGGAUUAAUAGUAUCAAUGAUAAGAAUCAGAGUAAAAAAAAACAAAUUAUUUUAAAGCUAAACAGACAAUUCUCACCCUUCCUGUCAAAGAUAACAAAUCCUGCUAAAAGAUGCAGGGGUGGUUGGUGAAGAGUAUACGAGGGUCAUAGAGGAGAUUAGAGCAAAGUGUGAAAUGUGUAAAAAUAGGGGAGGAUGCUGUCACAUCCUAUUGUAAACCUUCCCUUGGCACGUGACUUUAACCAGGGAGUCGCCAUGGAUCUAAAGGGAUGGGACAAAGACAGAAAUAUUUUCAUUCUACACUUUAUAGACAUGGUAACCGAUUUAGUCUUUCUCCAAUAAUACAUGGCAAGGACAAAAGAGAGAUUAUAGACCAAGUCAUGGGGAAAUGGAUAGGGACUGAACCUGGAGCACCAGCUAAAUUUCUGACUGAUAAUGGAGGGGAAAUUUGCUAAUGACGCGUUGAGAGACGUGUGUGAAAACGUGAACAUUAUGGUCAUGAACACCGCAGCUGAAAGUCCUUUCAGCAAUGGACUCUGUGAAAGGAAUCACGCUGUGAUCGAUGAAAUGCUGCAAGAAAUCUUAGCUGAUCAGCCAAACUGCAAGUUGACAACUGCACUGACACGGACGAUUCAUGUAAAUAAUUCACUUCAGAUGGUUGGAGGGUAUAGUUCCUAACAAAUGGCCUGUAAGAGAAAUCCCAAAUUACCCUCUGUGCUGGGCGAUAGCCCUCCUGCUUUAGAAGGGACUACAAUUAGUUCCAUUUUUCGUCAGCAAUUUUCAGAUUGUUUCAUGAAAAAAAGUACUCGAACUAAGAAAUUACUGGGGAUCCGAGAAGAGGGAUGUCUUACAAUGUAAUAAUGCUUUGUAUAAA